UACCCGACUCCAGCUGGAACGUUUGUUUGUGGCAAAUUGAAUUGUCCUAGGGGAUUAACGGCCGGGUGUCCCUGUACCGAGUUUCUCUCAGUAUGGAGUUUAAGAGACUUCAAUUGGUUUCCAGUUUUUGGAAACUUUGAACCCUUUUCUGGAUUUUCUGGUCUCUGAAGUCUCAAACUUUCCGAUGGCUUCGUGUAGCUUGGGAACUUCCAAUAUUAGAAUCUCAGUCGUGAACUUUAAUAAAGCAAGGGCUGGUAUUUUGAAACAGUUUGGCAUAAGAACUUGGACAGGGCAGAGAACACCACAAUUUGCAGGGGUAACAUUACAAGUUUCACAACAGUCAAAGAAUGCACAAACUGUGUAUUGUGGUCCAUCUUUAGAAAAGAAGUCUGCUGGAGCUGGAGACAAUGGUUCCGAAGCGACUAAAUUUUCUGGUCGGACAAACCCGCUCGUUCCUAAUUCAUAUGAGGUGGAAUCUCUGCUCACGGCACUGUGUGAUACAACUUCAAUAGCGGAGUUUGAAUUAAAGCUUGAUGGAUUUCGGUUACAUGUGAUGAGGGACUUGACUGGGAAAAUUAAACCUCCACCUCCCCCAAGCCCCACUCCUAUCGAUGUAAUUGCAGCUACAGAAACUCCUGCAAAUGGAUCUGUUUCGGCACUAUCUUUAUCUAUCUUGAAGCCAGUACCUUCUUCAGGGAGGGUUCACACAUUUCUAGAAAAAGCUGCAGAUGAAGGCUUGGUCAUACUUAAGUCUCCGAAGGUGGGUUUUUUUAGGAGAUCGAGGACCAUAAAGGGGAAACGUGCUCCACCUUCAUGUAAAGAGAAACAAAUAGUGAAAGAGAACCAAGUGCUUUGCUUUGUUGAACAGCUUGGUGGCGAGCUCCCAAUUGAGUCUGAUGUAUCUGGGGAGGUCAUCAAGAUACUCCGAGAGGACGGUGAUCCAGUUGGAUAUGGUGAUGCUCUAAUUGCGAUCCUUCCAUCAUUUCCUGGGAUAAAGAAACUCCAGUAGAGGAUUUAGUCCAAAUAUUUUGUUUAUCUGGGAUCAUUGUUUUAGGGUCAGACUGAUGAAAUCCUGAAUCAGGAGUUAUUUUAUUCAGCUGGGAUUGUAUUUGGUUAUUCUCUAUUUAGGCAGACCAGAGUAAAAAUAAAACACUUCAUUGAGGUA